ACCCCUCCCUAUUUAGUAGACUAUGGAUCUAAGACCAACAAGCAAUAUCAAAAACUAGCGUUUAUUAGUGUAUUGGAUCUAUAACUAAUAGUGUGGAAAUAUUUCAGUUAAUGCAUUGAAAAAAAAAAAAAACGAAAAUACAUUUUCUUGUUUAUCUCUUAAUUCGUUACUUAAUUCUAAAUCCUAAGCUCUAAAAAAGGAUCUCGUCUUAGUCCGUCUUAUUACUUAGACUCUGCCACUUGACUCUUUUUUCAGGGACAUCCCCGUUCAAUAAAUUGACGAGAGUUAUGAUGACGUGUUCGAAAUUGUGUUGGAAGAUAAAUUAAAAUAUUCGUAAAACAUCAAUACUCAAAUAUUUUCGAAUUAAGACGCUUUUAUCAUUUAUGAACUAGUAAUAAAAAAUUAUAAUUAUUAUUUAAACACCAUCAAUCAUCAUCAAUUCAUCAUGGACUACGGUAGUCCAUCGUCUGACGUUCUGGAUUUGUUAUUCGAUGACAACAGUGGUCUUCUAAAAGAUUUGACGCCAGUUGGCUAUGGAAUAGGAAAACAGAACUAUAUGGAUAGUAACAUAGAACCAAGCUUUACCGACCAUGAUUUUUGUGAUCUGGACCUGUUAAGUGACAACUUAUUUGAAAGCCUAAUUAAUUCUGCUGAGCCUGAUUCAUUUCUUGAAGGAGAGCCCCCAGCCAAAAGACAGAUUUUUCAUUCUGAUCAUGAUUACAUAGCCCACAAAUCUCCCAGUGAGCAUAGUGACAGUGGCAUAUCAGUUAUUUCUGAAGAGUCAGUCUCAAUCUCACAUUUUAACCACAAUUUAGAAAGCAACAUGACAGAUGAUCAGUUGGAGAUGUUCUCAACAGGUUCUCCUGAUAACAUCAAAGGUCUGAGUCCCUCAACAUACUCAGAAUCAAACACAUAUGAUAUGCGUAUGGCAGAUGAUAUGAGCCCACUAAAGGAAGGAUACUUGCAUGACUCUCAUAGUGUCAACACAACCACAUCUGAUUUAGAAGAUUAUAAUUUGUCUUAUGGAUAUGAUGAUGACAUAUCUAUUGACUUUGGUAUCAAUGACCUAAGUUCAUCUUCAGAUAGUCAAAGUAAAGGAACACAAUCAGUUUACAUUGUGAAUGGCUCUAAUAAACGAGUUAUACCAAUUCAGAAGACCAGUAAGAAAGAAGGUUCAUUGCCAUUCACUGUCAAAGAUAUUGACCCACAUGUUUCUAGCACUACAACAAAUUUUCCUGAAUUGAGACUGACGGAUGAGGAAAAAGAAUUACUGGCCAGGGAAGGAGUUAGUUUACCUACAAAUCUUCCUUUAACACGAGAUGAAGAGAGAGUCCUCAAAGCUGUUAGGAGGAAAAUCAGAAACAAAAUUUCAGCCAAAGAAAGUCGUAAAAGAAAACAAGGUUAUGUCGAUGGCCUUGAACAAAGAGUUAAAUUAUGCACUGCAGAGAAUCGAGAACUUUUGAAAAAAGUAGAUAAUUUGGAGAAACAGAAUGUAUCUCUAAUAGCACAGCUCAAACGUUUGCAGACUUUAGUGGGCAAAUCAAAAAUGUCCCCACAAGCUUCAACAUGUAUUAUGGUGUUACUAUUGUCAUUUGCCUUAUUUGUUGUGCCCACACUUAAUCCAUUUGGAAAUAAUGAGGAUGGAUUAUCUCCUGCAUCUGCUUCUAAAUCAUCUGUUAGAGGUAAAGCUCGAAGUUUGCUAGAGCAUGAAAUGCCUGGAAUAUCAGAAAGUGAUGAAGAUCCUUAUGGAGUAAGCCAUCGCCCAAAUGUACUAUUAGAAAAAGUAGGACAGGUCCAGAUGUCAACACCAAAACAAGAAGACUAUGUUCAGGAAUCCAUCAAGUCAGAGAACUUAGAAAUCACUGCAAAUGUAAAGUCUGAAUUAGCACUGGAAGUAAAGCUGGCUGAUCCUUUACUAGUAUCUGUGGAUUCAGACAGUGGUAAUAUUUUACUUAAAAAAGAAACUAACUCCACAGAAAAUCAAAAAGAUACAGAUGUAAAAUUCUAAAUGUGUGUCAUCUCCAUUGAUAUAAAAUUUUAUUUACAUGUCGCUUCUGCUUCACUUUCAUCUGUUUUCUAUCGUCUCUAAUGUGAAGAUUUGAUCCUUUAUUUAUCUCUCAUCGUUGUAAUAAAUUAUUUUGCCUUUAAGUUCUGUCAUCAUUAAUAAUAUUGAAAAUAUCUCUUUUUAUCAGAAAAUUAAUGAAUAUUCUAUAAGCAAUGACGUUUUCUUUUCAAAACAGCAGGAAAACUGAUGUUCAUGAGUAAACAAUUAAACUCAAACGUUUAUGAUUUAAAUGCAUUAUAAGUGGUGUAAUAUCUUGUCAUACCAUAUCUGUAGAUUUUCAGCAUGUAUAAUGCACCAGUUCUUUAAAAAGUAAAAUACAGAAUUAACUUUUAUCAGUAAAUUUAUUAUUUGAUUUUGUUAUCAGUAUAAUGAAGAACUUUUAUAUUAUAAUAAAAUUUAACUAUUUAAUUGUUUGUGCAACUUUUCCUAAACAUUUAGAUUUUCUGACAUGAAGCAGAACCGAAGUUAUUGUAUGCUCACAAAUAGCAAUAUACCAGUGGCGUAGCUAGCCAUGUGCGGGUGGUGCGGGCCGCACGGGGCAUCAAGUGAUGAGGGGCAUCAAACUGAGCACAAAAUUUCUCAGUAAAAACUGCACACCUUGUACAUACUUGAACAAACAUGAACUACUGUAUUUGAUUUAAAACAUUUAAUUAUUUUGCCACUCUGUUAGUAUUAUGGGCUCUACUCAAGAUUGAUAAGUCUGGCUGGCGCUCAUAGAGCUUUCUUAGAUGGAGAAAUUGUCUUCUCUGCUUAAAAUGGUUGACGGCAGUGAUCAAAGAGUCCUAAAGGUAAAAAUCGGAUAAUGAAAUGAAUCUUCGAUAUCACUCCUUUUCUCUCAAAGCAGAAUCUGGCCCUCAAUAGGCAUCACGAACGAGUUCAAGAAGAAUUGUAAAGACAAAAUCUCUUAAGUAGGCGGAUUGUUAGUUGCUAUGUAUUUUCUCUGUUUUAUAUCCGAAAGGGGGGGGGGGGGGGAGGGCAUCAUGAGGAGAUGCCGCACUGGGCAUCAAACACCCUAGCUACGCCACUGCAAUAUACACUAUACUGAAUUGUGAUAGGAAAAUAAUUGUUUUGUGAUGUUAAUGUUUCUGUGAAGUUAGACAAUGCUUUCUGUGUUAUUUAAGGUUUUUUUUAAAUUUUUUAUGAUCACUAUCCCUUGAGUUGUAAAUAGCUAUAUUCAGUGCCAUAAAUUGUACAUUUUGUUAAAAGAAAUGUUUUUUAAAGACUAUUAAGUACUUUACUUUUUUAAAUGCAUAUUUGGAGAAUUUGAUGUUACUGAUAUUAAUUUUGUAGCAGCAUUUUAUAUUUAGAAGGAAAUCCUUUUUUUUUUAAUUUGCACAAAAUUCUCAUCAUACACAUUUCUGUGAACAAAUGAAAUGUGAUUGUUUAUAGCAAUAGAAUGACAUAUGAAGCAAAUUUGUAAAUAUUUUGUACAGUGUAUAUAGUCAGUAUGUUGAUGUUAAUUGUCCAUGUACAUAUUAAAUCUUUGACACUCGAUGCUGUAAUUGUCUGUCUGUGCAAAAGACAAAUUAUUUUUUCUUAUUGUUUCAGAAUAUAAUUCUAAAGUUUCAAGCUUCUAUUUUCUGUGUAUAUAAAAAAGACUUGAAACCAUU